AUGAGCCACCGCAAAGGCGACAAGCCUCCCAUCAGCAUCCAGGAGCACAUGGCCAUCGACGUCUGCCCGGGUCCCAUCCGCCCCAUCAAGCAGAUCUCCGACUACUUCCCGCGCUUCCCCCGCGGCCUCCCCGCCGCCGCCUGGCUCAGCCGCAGCCAGAGCCAGCCGCAGCCCCGGCGCGCUUCUGCCACCAGCCCGUCCGGGACGCCCCCUCCCCGCGACGACGAUGAAGACCUCGACCAACUCUUCGGCGCUUACGGCACGGGGGACGACCCCCCGACCCAUCCUCCACCGCAGCCGCCCUCGGCCCGCCCCGAGGAAGAAGAGGAGGCGGCCGACGGCUACGAAUCCGACGACUGCACCGCACUGGGGACGUUAGAUUUCAGCUUGCUGUACGAUCGAAACAACGCACUUCAUUGCACCAUCAACAAAGCCAAGGGCCUGAAGCCGAUGGACCAUAAUGGACUGGCUGAUCCCUACGUGAAAUUGCACUUACUCCCGGGAGCCAGCAAGGCGAACAAACUGAGGACCAAAACACUACGGAAUACCUUAAAUCCCACUUGGAAUGAAACCCUCACGUACUACGGGAUCACCGACGAAGACAUGAUCCGCAAAACGCUCAGGAUCUCGGUUUGCGACGAAGACAAGUUCCGCCACAACGAGUUCAUUGGCGAAACGAGGAUUCCUCUCAAGAAACUGAAGCCCAACCAGACGAAGAAAUUCAACAUUUGCCUGGAGAAGCAGCUGCCGAUGGACAAAAUGGAAGACAAGUCGCUGGAGGAACGUGGCCGGAUCCUUGUUUCGUUAAAGUACAGUUCUCAGAAACAGGGCCUGCUAGUCGGCAUUGUCCGCUGCGCGCACUUGGCUGCCAUGGACGCCAACGGUUACUCUGAUCCCUACGUGAAAACCUACUUGAAACCGGACGAGGACAAGAAAUCGAAGCACAAGACAGCCGUGAAGAAGAAAACGCUCAAUCCUGAAUUUAAUGAGGAAUUUUUGUACGAGAUAAAGCAUGGCGAUUUGACCAAGAAGACCUUGGAGGUUACAGUCUGGGACUACGACAUUGGCAAAUCCAACGAUUUUAUUGGUGGCGUGGUUCUGGGUAUCAACGCCAAAGGCGAACGCCUGAAGCAUUGGUUCGACUGCUUAAAAAACAAGGAUAAGAAAAUCGAACGGUGGCACACGCUUACCAACGAAUUACCGGGAGCUCUGCUUAGUGACUGACUGCCCAGACCUCGAACCCGGGACCUCCCCCACCAAACGCCA